AUGCGCGUCCAAAGGAAGCCCGUGCCCAUCAUCUCGCCCAUCUCGUCCCCCAUUUACGCGUCGGCCCCGCCCCCGCCACUCUUCCAAGUACCGGAUCUCCCGGACAACAUCUCGACGGCAGCGGCAUACCCCACGCGUCGCCCGCCCGCCAAGCCCGCUCCAUGUGCACUCCGUGAUUCGACUCCGGGAUACACAUUAAAGCGCCUUAACAAGAGCAGCCACGCUACCGACACGGACGAGUCGCGCAGUUGCUGUAUCCAGUAA